AUGCCUUUGACAUCUGGUCCAGCACUACUCAUUCUUGCUUUAAAGCUCUUCUGGGAUGGCCACGAAACUCUUAAAGAUAACUGGCGUCUCCGAAGUCCCGGGUCCCCGAUCGGCCCACAGACCCCGUGCCGCCUUCGGGAGGACCUCUCGGUAUCAGGAGACCGAGGCCGCGGGCACGCCGGAACCAGGGCCCAGGGCGUGCAACACAGAUGCGUGGAAUCCGCGAAGAUCCGAGCGAAAUAUCCCGACCGGGUUCCGGUGAUCGUGGAAAAAGUCUCAGGCUCUCAGAUUGUUGACAUUGACAAACGGAAGUAUCUGGUUCCAUCUGACAUCACCGUGGCUCAGUUCAUGUGGAUCAUCAGGAAAAGGAUCCAGCUUCCUUCUGAAAAGGCAAUCUUCCUGUUUGUGGAUAAGACAGUCCCACAGUCCAGCCUAACUAUGGGACAACUUUACGAGAAGGAAAAAGAUGAAGAUGGAUUCUUGUAUGUGGCCUACAGUGGAGAGAACACGUUUGGCUUCUGAGGGCCCGUGCUGGGCGAGGUGCACUGUACCUGCUUGUGUAUCUUGUAAAUAGCCGGCCAUUUUCAGUUACUAUACCAGAACCUCUUCACAUAGAACUAUUAGUGCAUUUGUAACUGGAUUGAUUUCUUAAUAUAUUGGAAGGUUUUUGUUUCCUUAGACUAGUAAGUUAUCAUACAGAGUUUUAUUUUGAGUUUUUCUUUUUGUGCACUGUCCUCAUGGCUAUACUCUCCAGAGAACUUGUUCCUCUUGGAAUCAUAUUUAAUGAAGAUAUUUCCAUAUUGAAGUGAGGUAGGUGUGGUAUUAAAGUGAAAGGGAGGGAGACAAUGCAUUUUAUUCUGGACUAUAUUUGAAGUGUUAGAUGGCUAAGUAUUAAAAGCAUUCAAAUUAAAUCCUUAGCAAUCAGAA